AUGGUGUCGUGCCCGCGAAUCACCUCCUGGCUCGUGCUGUUCUUGGCAUGCGAUUUCCUGUAUAAGGGACAUUGCGCUGUUCAUCUGUCCACGACAGUGGAGGUUGGGAAGGGUGAUCUGGAGCCCAAUGACCCCUGGGCCACACCCUCCAUUGUCAUUUACGGCACCAACCCUGCCACCCUGAACCAGAACGCCACAGGCUCUGCUCAGGUGUACAGCCAGAUCUACAAUUCCAGCUAUGCAUUCUGGGGUGGCAACACAACCCUCAACUACACCUCUCCGGUGCUGCACACAGUCAUCCUUUCAAAUCUGCGGCCUGGCACAAGGUACUACUAUCGUGUGGGAGAUGGGACUACUUUCAGCGCCCCUCUGUCUUUCAGGAGCCUGAACGAUGCAGGCCCUGACUACCCGCAGCGCCUGCUCCUCGUUGCAGGUAGGCCUCUGCUUUUGGUUCCCCACCCCAAAGCCCGUUCUCUCCUGCAAACGCAGGACAUCAGUCGGGGAAAGGGCAAUGCAGACUUUGACAACCCAGAAGCUUUCUCUCUGAAAUUCACAUUCCUGGGCGCUGGGAAGGAGUUCUGGUUUGCCCAGAAUGACUCUGUGUGCAAGCCAAAUUGGGGCCUGAGCGCUAACAGCUCGACCACGCUGGACCACAUUGUGCAGUCAGCCCUCAACUCCACCUCUCCCCCGCUCGUCAUCUAUGCUGCCGACUACAGCUAUGCCGACACGUGGUACCCGAACGGGACGGUGUCGAGCCCCAGCACGGCGGUGGAGGGCAGCCCAAACGCAGGCACCUACCAGCCAGUCCCUUUCAUCGGCAGCACAGGGAACCAUGAAGAGGAGCAGGAAGCUGAUGGCAGCAUCUUCAAAUCCGCCCAAGCACGCUGGCCGACACCCCAUCUGGCCAGCCAGUCUCCCUCGUACUUCUUCUACUCGGUCAAUGCAGGCCCCACGCACAACAUCAUCCUCUCCAACUACGUCGACUACACCGAAGACAGUCCCCAGAGGAACUGGCUGGCAGAAGACCUGAUGCGAGUGGACCGCAGCGCCACUCCCUGGGUCACUGUCACCUUCCACAACCCCUGGUACACGACGGACUCCUCCUACAAGGAGUUUGAGCAGAUGCGCAUCAGCCUCGAGCCGCUCACAUAUCAGUAUGGGGUGGAUGUCUUCUUCUAUGGUCACGUGCAUGCGUAUGAGCGCACAACGCCGGUCUACAAUUACACCGUGAAUCCCUGCGGCGCGGUGCACAUCACUGUCGGCGAUGGCGGCAACUCCGAGGGAGUCUCCUUCCUGGCAGAAGACCUGCACACACAGCAGUUUGAGGAUCUUAACGGCGGCUGCCCGAAUGUGAACGCUUCGCAGCCGAGGCCGUCCUACCUGGUGCCCCUCAACCCCAACAAAGACUCCUGGACGUGGUACCGCCGCGUGCUCACCUUCACCUUCAACGCGGAUGGCAACUCGACGGGUGUCGGCAACCCGCCCGGCUACUGCUACAAGGCGCAGCCGGAGUGGUCGCAGUACCGCGAGUCCAGCUUUGGCCACGGCACCUUCGACGUCCUCAACUCCUCGCACGCCCUCUGGUCAUGGCAUGCAAACCAGGACGGCGUGGCGGUGGCCAGGGACCAGCUGUACAUCAUCCGGGACACCACAGCCUGCCCCAGUCGCCUCGGAUUAAAGGCAGCUGCCCCGCCGCCGGCGCAGGCCCCCAUCGCGGCUAUGCCGUCCCAGGGCUCAGCCGGCUAA